CCCAACCUAGGCUCUGAAUGACAGCACCGAGGUGGAGUUAUCAUCUGACAAGUCAAAGGUACGCUGCAAGCUCACCCCUACACAGUGGGUCAUAAAUGACCCUGGCACACCCACCAAGAUUGAGCUCUCCUACGACAGCCCCGAAUUCAUCCCUGGCAAACCCUACCCUUACACCUCGUACAAUAACGACACAGAAUCUGCACCUGUGUCCCCUACACCUGUUGAGAACAUUCAGUCCAGUGAGAGGAGUUCCGAGAGGGAGGCCACCGGUCAAGGGAUGUCCAGCAUGAGGGUACCCAUGACCCCAGGACUGUCCACCAGCCUACCAGAGAAAGAACCAGGAAACUGGACAGAGGUCAAGAGAAGGCAUAAAGCCCCAACUCCAAAGGAUAAGAAGGUCGCAUCAUCGCCUCAAACAGAAUCUCAGCAGGAACGUUUUGAAGGAGCCGCGGAGGAGCUAGACUUCCAGUUUGACGAGGAGCUCACCGAGAUCACCGGCAGGAAAAACACUUUCUCUGAAUGGUCUGACGACGAUGACGAGGACUACGAGAUCUCGGACAAUGACCUCAACAAGAUCAUCAUCGUGACCCAGACUCCACCCUGUCUCAAGAAGCAUCCGGGAGGGGACAGGACCGGGUACCACGUCUCCCGCUCCAAGAUGACCGCCAACCUGGCCAAGGUCAUCAACGAUGGACUCUACUACUAUGAGAUGGAUCUAUGGGACGACGAUGAAGAAAUGCUCAAGUAUGACUUGGCACUGAUGGCAGCGGCCGGUGCCCCCCAUACGGCUUUCAGCAAAAUCCAGACCAUCACCAAUGAAGAGUUCUCCUGCCUGACACCAGAGAAGCCCCACACCAGGCAGGUGAUACCCCCUGCCCCGCCCCCAGAGGGCAUCCCGGAGGAAGGUACCUCUGCCCAAGAGGGAGAGGAAGGGGGCAUCCCCAUCCAGAAGAGCGCAGUGCGUUCAGUGAAGGCCGAUUCCUCGAUGGUAGCGAGGUCACUACCCACAGCGGUCCCAGAAGGCCCCCACCUGCGUGAGGCCAUGAGGACACCACGCACCCCUAGGGGUAAGGCUCAGAUGUCACCUAGGUUCUACCCGGUCAUGAAGGAGACCAAACCCAUCGAUAACAAGACUCCAAGGAAACGCAAGACCAAGCACAGUGAGGACCCACCUAUAGAGAGCCAUGUUGGUUGGGUGCUGGAUUCAAGAGAACAUAUAGCUAGGUCAAGACAUACAUCCACCAGUUCACCAUCUGAGGGUGCACCAAUCAGCACCAGCUAUGGUACUCCACAGAGCUUCCCUAAGUUUGAGCAUCCUUCCCACGAGCUUCUCAAGGAUAACAACUUUACUCAGCAUGCCUACCACAAGUUCCAUCAAAAGUGUCUCAAAGACCGCAAGAAGCUUGGCGUUGGCAAGUCGCAGGAGAUGAACACCCUCUUCCGUUUCUGGUCCUUCUUCCUCCGUACCAACUUCAACAAGAAGAUGUACGAUGAGUUCAAGAACCUUGCCGUGGAGGACGCCAAGCAAGGCUACCGCUACGGACUGGAGUGCCUCUUCAGGUACUUCAGCUAUGGUCUGGAGGUCAAGUUUAGACCAGACAUCUACCAGGACUUCCAGCUGGAGACGUUAAGGGACUUUGAGUCAGGACAACUGUACGGCCUGGAGAAGUUCUGGGCCUAUCUGAAGUACUCCCGAUUGAGAGAGCUGACCACCUUGCCCGAGUUGGAUGAGGCACUCAAGAAGUACAGGGGACUAGAGGACUUCCGAGUGGAGCCCUCUAUCAGUGAGAACAAGAAGUCUGGUGGGCCGUCUGGGGAUGCCAAGAAGUCCAGACCCAGCCGCAGCAGGCAACAAUCUACAUCAGAUCAACAACAGAGCACUCUGGAGGCCCAGGGUGCCGUCGGGGGUUCAGGUGCUGUCGGGGGUUCGGAGGAAUGAAUAAUAUCACGCAAUUCAUUCGCUUCAUUUGGUACUAGCACACUGUCACACCGCAGUGGUACCCGCCAUGGAAUCAAUCGUCUGGACAGCAAUGUAGCCAUUGAGGGAUUUGGUGUCAGUAUUGCCGUUGGUGAUUUAAUAAGCCAGUUAGCAUGCAGUGUUCCAAAUCAUCAAAACUGAUCUUGUUAGCAAUAUCUAUGGCAUGUUUGUGAACAGGAACAGACCAGUGAGCGUGCAGUGUUCCAAAUCAUCAAAACUGAUCUUGUUAGCAAUAUCUAUGGCAUGUUUGUGAACAGGAACAGAUACUAAGUGGAGUCAUCUAGUUGGCAUGAAGUUUGAGCUUCACGGUUCAAUACCAGGACUGGUUACAUACUUGCCGUCUUCAACUCUGGACUUCUCAUGAAGACAAGUUAUUUCUAAGUGGUAAGAACUCCAUUGUGAUACAAAGUGAAAAGUGGAUAUUCUGGGGUCAAUCACAGGAAUUCAGUUUCUACGCCACCGAAUAUGAAGACAAUUUGGCGCUGAUGGGUCCUUGCAUGUUUGCUGGCCAGAGAGUCUUAUGCUGCCAUGAAAUCAAUACAUGGCUACACCGAGUAGUAAGGCAUCACCAUGAAGCAGAAGGCUACCAUCAUCAUAGCAUGAAGGCAACUGAUCUUCUCCUCACCUCGACUUCAGCAGUUGCCUAUUCGCUCGUAGUCAUUCACUUAAGUUUGUGUAGACAUCCCAGAUAAUGUAUCUUAGUGGGCAGAGUGUGAAUAUGUGCUAAAAAGAAGAUUCCCCAUGCAUAGCAAUACAGCACAGAUCUUACCCACGAUGAAACCUGGGUAGAGUCUGACGAAACCGUUGAAAGUACAAGUUUCCCGAUAUCCCAUUUAAAUGCGUGUUUUAAUAGUGUUUCAAUGGGAUAUCGGUGUGCUUAUGAUGGAUUCGUGAACAAUGCCCUGAUUCUCUGCGUUAGCCCUUCUGCUCAAUAGCUUGCGACUAGCUUGUAGCGUCCAUGUUUCUGUCUGUGUGUGUAGCUAUCACAGAGACAGAGAGAUUAGUUAGACAUGCCAAUCGGAUAGAUAUUUCCCUGUGAGUUCUUUGACCCUCUUUGCAUAGCUGUGUAGGUAGCUUAGAUCCUAUCUGAUUAUUACAAGCAAAACCAUUAUGAUGGAAUGAGUACCCUGCUCAUUCUAAUGAAUCCUUGGAACGCUUGAAAAUGAACUUUUGCCAAAGGUAGAUCAUACCCUUACAUCGCCCCAUAUUGGAGUCAAAGUAUAUCAUGUACCCGCUUCAGAAACUUUUCUGAUUUGACAAGGAAAAAAAAUGGUAAGAUGUUAUAUUUGAAGUUGUAUUAUAAAUCUAGUUUUCCAACAGCAAUAAAUGUUUGUGUUUGGCGGUUUUUCAGAUAAAUCUCUGAUCUAUCCGCCUGAGUUUGAUUUCGUACCAGGGUUUAAGAAAAAUGGAUUCAAGGCUCAGUAAUUCUCGUAGGACAUAGCCACUUCAGGCUUGUUCGUAUAUGCUCCGCUGAACCGUGGUGGUUUACCCUGGCAGUUUUUUGUGUUACACUUGAAUUUUAGGUGGGGAUGAAAAAAGGAA